GCGCGUGAUAUCUACUCUCCUCUUUUCAACGAAGCCCCAACUGAAAUAGUAAUUCAAUCAUCAUAAUUUUCCAAGUAAUUCUCUUAGAAAUCUCCAAACCCUGCCCAUUCCGUUCCCAGUAGUUGAGAGGAUCGAUUAUGAAGUUAGGGGACGCGCGCUGGCUGUGGACGCUGCUCAUAGCGGCGGCGGCGACGGUUCCAGCGACAACCGGAUUGUGGUUGGACUUGCCGACCUCUGGACAGAAAUGCAUCUCCGAGGAGUUGCACAACAACGCCGUUGUUUUGGCUGAUUACUACGCCUUCAUCGGAGAGGACUACGAUGUCAAUGCUACCUUGGCUCCGACCAUCACCGUUAGGGUUACAUCACCAUAUGGAAACGAGAUCCAUCACAAGGAGAAAGUCGCUCACGGUCAGUUUGCCUUUACAGCAACUGAGGCUGGGAACUACAUGGCAUGCUUUUCACUUGAUGGUGAUCAAGGAGGUAAAAAGGUGACCGUUGGUAUUGACUGGAAAACUGGAAUUGCUGCAAAAGAUUGGGAUACGGUUGCAAGAAAGGAAAAGAUUGAGGGUCUUGAACUCGAGUUGAAAAAACUAGAAGAAGCAGUGGAAAGUAUCCAUAAUAAUUUGUAUCAUCUGGUAAACAGGGAAGCGGAAAUGAGAGAGGUUAGCGAGAGCACUAAUGCUAGAGUUGCGUGGUUUAGUUUGAUGGCCCUCGCCAUCUGCAUCGUGACUUCGACUCUCCAGAUCUUGUAUUUAAGGCGAUAUUUUAGGAAGAAGAAGCUCAUCUAGACUUUACAGCACUAGGUUUUUUCUUCUUACAGAAACCAAAUCCCAUUACAACUUUUUGAAGAAAUCAGGCAAUUAUAUCAAUUGUUAUAAUGUAGAACUAAUUCAAAAAUACACUUAUCAAUUUUAUCGUGUAUAUUUCUCUA